AUGUGGCUGUUUGGGCGGAGACGGAGGAAGGCCGCUAAAUUAAGAGACGCUGGUGGAUCUGCUGCCGCUACACAAGGGAAUUUGCCUGUCGCAUCCGCCGCCGGCCAGCAACCCAACACGAAUCAGACCAACAAUGGCCCGCGGCGAGGCCCUAGUCAACGCUUACGCCGCCGACGGGGCAGUUCGCGGUCCACGCCCGCUUCAAUCCGCGACGUUGACAAGACCCUGCCCGAACUCUCUUUUGCCAAAGACGCUUGGCCCCAGUCGAGCACUGAAGAUAUCACCGCUUUGCCUGCCCAGCGCCGCCUCCAACACAGUCCGCACCUGCGUCCCAUUACCCAGGAACACGGCGGCAUCCUCUACAACUUCCAGUCUCGCGUCCAUCCAGAACUCCUGUCCUCAGCAAAGGAUCGCGCCAAACUCCAGCGAUCCCAGUCAAUGCGCAGGGAUCCGCAUAUUGUAGACUCCCUUGUCCGUCGCAAGUCGAGUAAACGGCGCAGAGAACAUGAUCACGUCCGCGAAGAGGAGAUCCGCGCCAUGUCUCUUGCCAUGCCUCAGAAACGACCCGCUGGCAACUCUGCGAGUAUGCUGCGCAGAGACAGCAAGAAGGUCAAGGCCGCCAUCAACUACCGCCUCGAGCGCCCAACCUCGAAUGUUUCCCUACCCCUCGCCGACUCGAUCCACUCGUCCAUGUCUGGUGGCUCAGACGGCCGCGCCUUUCGCGUGAGUGCACUCGACAUGUUCUCACCUCGACCCACCAUUCGCGUCUCCUACGGCUCAAACUAUCAUGCAGGCGACCGCACGUCGCCCAAUGCACGAAGCGAAAAAUCCCCACGCCGCGACCGACGACCAAUUACCAGCAAUGAGGAAAAGGCAAACCGGAGAACAAGUAGAAUUGACGACUUGGCCGACGACCUCGACACCGGAGCACUCCGCGAUAUCCUCGAGCGAGACAAGAGGCGGAGAGAAAAGAAGGCCAAGGCUGAUCAGGAACGUCUCCGCCGAAGGCUAGAACGACGUGCCGAGAAGCAGAAUGCUGCUGAAGCCCAAGUCACGCCUGCAACUCCCCCCAAGGAUAAGAUCAGUAGUAAAGUUGGCCUGGGCAUUGAGCGAGAGGCCCCUGUGCCUAUGGAGGACGUUCGUCCAUCGACACCAGUCCGACCUCAGCCAGUCGAGAUGCCCAUCACCCCUCCGACACAAGUCAAUAACCAGUUGCCCACCCCAUUCGAAAGCCCUGUUGAAGAACCCGUUGUAUCCGAUGCCCAAGCUAUCCGCUUCUCUCGAGGCAGCGCCUCCACACAACUACAUACCCGUGUCGUGUCCAAUGCUUCCAUACUCCCAGAACUCCUAACCGAAAAACUUGGCCACGACACUCCUAUCGAGUUUGUGCACUUCCAAGAGCCCGCGAGGAGCGGAUCGUUGCAUCCGGUUGAUACCAUUGACACUACGGCGACCUCGAAGAAAGGAUCUUCUAUGCGUAGGCUCAGUACUGAGGGCAAGCGCUUGGGUGUGUUUGCUUCACUCUUCCGAAGAGGAAAGCGCAACUCGCAAGACCAAGCACGUCCUCCGCCUUCCGAAGCUUCCUUCUCCAACACAUCGCGGGAAUCCAUGUCUCGCCAGCACAUUCCCAUUCACCUUGUCGGCACUGCACCUGUUGAGUCACAGCCAAUGCAGAUCAAGAGACCCUCCAGUGUACCUCGACGAACCCGAUCAAAGUUUAGAGAAGAUCUCCCCGAGUUCCCCAUCUCACCUCCCGAUUCCCGCGUGCAAUCACCCGAAGCACCGGCCAGCACUGGCCUUGCUGCUCGCAGAAGAAACCAGCAUCCGUCGGAUAUUCGUGUGGGACCGCCAUCCGAUGACCGAUCUGAUUCGCCCGUGAGUCCCAGUGUGCCCACCAACAACAUGUCGCAGUCUCUUGCAUCAGUCGACUCUGAAGCAUCAUGGCUUUCAGGAAGGCCGCUUAAACGGCCAUCCAAUCGGUCCCAAAUGCGCUCUAGCCUCAAGUCUUCGGCUGUGAUGCGUCACGAAGAAUUCAAUCCUUCCUACGAGGAAUUGGGAAUGGCCGAUGACGAGUACUUUAAGAGACUUACGGGUAUGCCAAACCAAAGAGGCUCUUCUCCUUACGGAAGCGAUGACCGGGGCCGAAGAGCCAGUAGCACUUUGAUGGCGCUUGACACUGCAGUCGAAUCCGACGAGGAGGUCGAGUCCACUGUUGUAGCCCCGACAACCGAAGACGGAGACCAGCGUGUCCAGAGCGGCGUCGCCAGACAGCCUACUAUAGUCUACCGUCGGCCUCGCAUUCAGUCCACCGAAGGUCUUCUAAGCGUCUUCACUGAAGAUACGGGGGAUAGAUCCUCCAAGGCGGCCGAAGUAGUGACGGGAUCGCCCACCCAAGAGUCGCCAACAUCACCGACAUCAGAUUCGGAGCCAAUGGUGUUGCAACGUGCCAAAAGCGUUGAUCUCGGCAAGCACCAUGUCAGGCACCUCAGCGCUGGUUCGGCGAGGCUUCUGGACAUCCAAAAACGGUCAAGCAUACCGUUGGACGACAUCUCACCCGCAAGAAGGCCUGAGCAGGAGUAA